ACGAUUCAGUCUUAAGUGAAAGUGACUCGGGAUAAAAUGAACAAUUUGGAUAGUGUGAAUAGUUUUUUGACAGAGCGCCUAAUGACAGUCGCUGCAGAAAUAUUCCAAGUGUUUAAAGACGCGUUUAGUGAAUAUCAGGGUGAAAUAGAGCGAAUAAAACACGAGAACCGGUGUCUGAGAGAAGCGCUGGCUGAAAUCUACAACAGUGUUCAGGAGCGCUCAGAGAAGCACAGUUUAAACCAGAGAGCCCUGAACACCGACACCUCCCUUCUACAAGUGAACCUGGAAGUAGAAGCUAGUCCAAAGAAAUCUUAUCCACAACAGUCUGAGAAUCAUCCACAGACAUGCAAGACAAAGCUCACACCUAUCGCUCAGGAUCUCGGGCCAGGUUUGAGUUUUUCAGAGAAAACUGGGGUGAGGGAUGAAAACGAGGACAGCAGCAGCAGCAGCCUACAUACCGCCUACUCAGUCACGGUCAAAGUGGAACCCUGUGCAUCCCAGUCCCAAGCCGUCUUCUCCGCCGAGGUGAAGAAUGAAGCCGAAUCCGAGGCUGAUCAAGCAACAGACCAGCAAGAGCUCUUUUCCUGCACUUAUUGCGACCAAACGUUCACUGACAUUCCUCAGCUAGCAUCACACGUAAGGAGUCACAUGGCUGUGUUCACCUGUGGAGUCUGCGGAAAGUCCUUCAAACAGAAAGGAACGCUGAAAACACACAUGAUCGUGCAUCAGAAAGAAAGACCUUUCAGUUGUAGUUAUUGUAAAAAGCGGUUCAAGCUAAAAAGUCACCUGAAAGAACAUGAAAGAAUACACACGGGUGAAAAGCCUUUCAGCUGUCCGGUGUGCAGGAUGUGUUUUACUCGCUCCAACCCUAUGAAGAUACACCUUCGGAAUCAUCAUCGGGAACAGCUAUGAUGCAAAUAUAUACAGCAAAAAAUUGCUUGUGGAUAAAAUGUUUUUUUUUGUUAGUCAUCUUUUUUCCUCCUUUCUUUUUUUUACUUUGAAUGCAUUUAAUAAGGCACUUCAGUGGCUAGUUUUAAUAUCCUUGUAAUAGGGCUGUCAAGCAAUAAAACAAAUCUAUCUAAUUAAUUCAUUUUAAUUUCUGUCAUAGAUCAGUUUUAGCUAUGAAGGUAACUCAGAUGUGAUUGAUGAUCAUCAGUUAGAGGCUGGCUUUUUCCCCUGGCAUCAGGAGCUGUAUAAGCUUGGAACUCUGGGGUCAAUACUAAAUGCUUUGCAUUGAGGUGAUAUUUCAGGCUUGAAGUACACCAAUAAUACGAAAUUCCGUUUAGCAGAAAUUGCAGUUUAAUCUGCAUGGUUAUUUAAAUGUAAAUGUUUAAUUCUUAGAGCCAAGCAGAAUCUUCUCAUCUGCAUCCAUCAUCCUAUAAAGCUACUGUGGCCAGAACAGUUUUGAUGACACUCCUAAUAAAAGUAAAUGUUUUUUAAGAUGUUUUUUUUCUUUGUGAUUAAUUAAUUGAAACUAAUGCAUUAUUUUGACAGCCCUACCUCAUAGUUUUACUAAAUAUAACAAAAGUACUUAUUAUUGUUAGUUUUACAUGUCUAACUACUGGUUAUUCAUUCAUUAUUCUGAUUAUUGACUUAUCUACUUAUUGUCCAUGUUUAACAGAGAUCUGUCUUAUUUACGUUGUGAGUCUGAAAUCUACUGAUUAAAAUACAGGGGUGGUUUUUAAUAGAGAAAGUAGUUUCGCACAAUUUUUGUGUAUUUUAUAGAGAACUGAAUCGAAAUGCAUGGUGUAUAUAUUAUUAAACAUUAAACCAAGGUG